GCGGCGGCGGCCCCGCACCCAGCGCCCGCACCCACCGCCCGCCUCCCGCGGGCGGCGGCAACAAAGGCCCUUCCCCGCCCCCGCCGCCGCCUCCCGCCGCCGCCGGCAGCGUCCUUGCGGCAGGAAGAUGCCCGGGGAGGUGCCGCCGCCGGCGCCCCGGGGGCUGCGGAGCCUCCCGCUGCUGCUGCUGCUGCUGCUCAGCGCCCGCGCCGCGCUGGCUCAGCGCUGGCGCAAUGAGAACUUCGAGCGGCCCGUGGACCUGGAGGGCUCCGGGGACGACGAUCCCUUUGGGGAGGAUGAGCUGGACGACAUCUACUCCGGUUCUGGCUCGGGGUAUUUCGAGCCAGAGCCGGGGCUGGACACGGCCGUGAGCCUGACCACGGACACGCUGGUGACACUGCCCACCACGGCGGCCGUGCUGCCCGUCACUGCUGCCCAGCCCAUGGCAACGCCCCUGGAGCCGUCCCCCACCCCCCAGGACACCACCCCCGGGCAGGCCACCAGCGCCUUCCCCAUCCCCAGGACCACAGAAGCACCGGUGGUGCCCAGCUGGAAAACCACAACUGCCACCACCACCAGCACCACGGCCAGCGAGCCCCCAACCACCAUGGCCACCACCACCACGACCACCAUGGCCACCACGACCACCACCACCACCACCACCACCACGGAGGCCACCACGACCACAAGCAGCACCACUGUGGCCACGGCCAAGCCCACCACCAUCCGGAGGUUCCUGCCCCCCUUGGCCACCAAGGCGGCCACCACCCGGACCCCCACCACCCUGGAGACCCCCACCACGCCUGUCCCCGAGACCAGCACGCCGACAGAGGUGGCCACGUCACGCGCUGUCCCCACCAGCACGGCCAGGCCCAGGGCCCUGCCAAAGCCCAGCACCUCGAGGACUGCAGAGCUCCCCGAGAAAAGCACGGCCUUGCCACCCACGGCCACCACGCUGCCGCCCACUGAGGCCCCCCAGAUGGAGCCAGGGGAGGUGACAACAGCCCCCGACAAGGAGCCAGAGGUGCCGGCCAGCAGCGGCCCCAGCGGGGACUUCGAGAUCCGGGAGGAAGAGGAGACGACUCGUCCCGACCUCGGGAAUGAGGUGGUGGCUGUGGUGACACCGCCAGCAGGGCCGGGGCCCGGCAGGAACGUGGAGACGGGGCUGUUGGACAACACGAUAGACUCGGGCAACUCGGCCGCUCAACUGCCCCAGAAAAACAUCCUGGAGAGGAAAGAGGUGUUGAUAGCGGUGAUUGUGGGCGGCGUGGUGGGCGCCCUUUUUGCCGCCUUCCUGGUGAUGCUGCUCAUCUACCGCAUGAAGAAGAAGGAUGAGGGCAGCUACACCCUGGAGGAGCCCAAGCAGGCCAACGUCACCUACCAGAAGCCCGACAAGCAGGAGGAGUUCUACGCGUAGACGGAGAGCCCGGAGUGCCUCACGCUUCCUCCCUCCCUCCCUCCCCGCUCCAAACCCUCCUCCUCCUCUCCUCCAUCCAGUCUCUCUCUCCCCUCCCUCCUCUCUCUCUUUUUUUGGGAUCAGACUGUGAAUUUUUAAAAGCAAAACCCGCAGCGGCUGAAGGAGGAAACGCGUCCUUGGCAUGGGGGGCAUGGGGUGCCCGGAGCAGAACUGGGGUUCUGAACACUGCCAAGGUGACACCGAGCAUUGCUGUUGUCACAUGGAGUGUGCCCAGGUCAUGUCAAGCAGUGCCCAUGUCACGUCAAGCAGUGCUGCCAUCACACCAAGCACCCCAAGAUGACACUGAGCACUGCUGAGGUGACACUGAGCAGUGCUGUGGUCACACAGAGUGUGUCCAGGUGUUGCCCUAUCUGCUACAGUCAGCAGGUCACGUCAAGCAGUGCCAAGGUGACACCAAGCAGUGCCGUGGACACACCGAGCAGCGCUGAGGUGACACUGAGCACCCCAAGAUGACACUGAGCACCGCUGAGGUGACACUGAGCAGUGCUGUGGUCACACAGAGUGUGCCCAAGUCACAUCAAGCAGUGCCCAUGUCACAUCAAGCAGCGCUGCCGUCACACCAAGCAGCACCAAGGUGACACUGAGCAGUACCAUGGUCACACCAAGCAGUGCUGAGGUGUCACUGAGCAGUGCCAUGGUCACACUGAGUGUGCCCAGUCACAUCAAGCAGUCAAUGCUGCCAUCACACCAAGCAGCACCCAGGUGACACCAAGCACAACCAUGGUCAUACUGAGCACGCCAUGGUCACAGUGAGCAGCACCACAGUGACACCAAGCAGUGCCCGGGUCACGCUGAGUGGCGCCAAGGUGACACCGAGCACACCCGGGUCACUCUGAACAGUGCCGUGGUCACACUGAGCACCCUGAGGUGACACCAAGCAGCACCGUGGUGACACUGAGCAGCACUGAGGUCACCCAGAACAGCGCCACGAUCACGCCGAGUACGCCCGGGUCACACCAAGCAGUGCUGUGGUCACAGCGAGCACCCCAAGGUGACACCGAGCGCACCUGGGUGACAUCGAGCAGCACUGCGGUCACACCGAGCACCCUGAGGUGCCACUGAGCAGCGCUGCAGUCACAGUGAGCACCCCAAGGUGACACCGAGUGCACGUGGGUCACACCGAGCGCGCCACAGUCACACCGAGCACCCUGAGGUGACACUGAGCACCGCUGGCCUUUCUGCUGGCGGGAGGGACGGGACAUGGAGCCGAUGCCAAGGAGCCGAUGCCAGGGCAGCCGUGCCCGGGAGUGCCCUGGAGAGCACGGGAUGGGCUGCCCACGGUGCCUGGAGCUCAACUGGACUUUUCCCAACACCACCACCACGAACUCUGGGAUUCAGACCCCUCCUGCCAGCCCUGGGGCGCAGGGGGUUUGCUUUGGAUUUAUUGCCCUUAUUUUUCCGUCCAUAAAAGAAGGAGAUUCCCUUCCUUCUGUCUCGUCUUUAUUUUUUGGUUUUCCUUUGGGAUGGGGUUGGUCGCUCUGCAGGAAUCUCCUUCUGCUGGAAGAGAGAACGUGACUCUCCAACGCUCCUGGAGCCUUGGGAAAAGCACAAGGAGCUGGAAUACCUGGGAUUUGCUCCUGGAGUGGGGAAAAAAGGAAAUAAAUACAAACACUGGGAAUUAUCCCUUGGAUCAACAUUCUGGAGAGCUUGUGGAGCUGCAUUGAGGCAUCCCAUGCUGCCAUCCAGUCACCCCUGGAAUCUCUUGGAUCCACAUCUGGCUGAGGCGUUUGGCCAGGAAGGGACUUGGCUUGGGCUGGGUUUUCACUGUGACCACUAAAGCUCGGCUUUGCUGGACAUUCCUUUGGGAGGAGCUGGGAAUGGAGAAGCUGAAUCCUGUGCCUGGCUCUUCCAGAGGGGAUAACAGAGCUCUGCAGGGCGUGGGAUGCAGCCUAAGGGGGGAAAUCCAAGCAGGGACCAUCCCUGAACCCUCAGGGUCCCACCGAGGUGAGGAAGGGGAGGCAGAACCACGGCUCAGCCCCAGGGCUGGUUGGAUCAUUGCAAAGAUCCCAAAAUUGAUGCAAACACCCAGGAUUGAUGGUUUCCCUUUGAUAUUGCAUCCCUGGGAUUGAUGGUUUUCCUUCACUGGUGUUUAAAUCCCUGCACAACCCACAGGGCUGGAGAGAACCCAACCCUGCCACAGCCCAGGUAUCCCCUCUGAGGCUGCCCAGGGUGCAGAUUAAUUAACUCAGAUAUUUUAAUUAAGGUGUUUCAAUGAGGUGGCUCUUAAUUAGCUGGAGCCCUGAUUGUGGGGUUUUAUUGUCUCAAUGGUUGUGAUCUCGAUGGGGUCCCAUGGAGAGUUUUGAUUUGCUCUUGGAACAAUUGAAAUGGGAAAAUCUGGGGGAAAAAAUCAUUGCUUUGUGAAUUAACAGAGCCAGAGACACUUUUGCCCCUGAGGGGAUUGGGGGAUUUAGGGUUUCAUGGCCCUGGACAGAAGAGCUUCGUUGUGGAAGGGAUUUGAGGCCAGAAGAAUAUUUUGAAUAUAUAUAAAUACAUAUCUCCACUCCUGUACACCCACAGUAACACAGGUGUGGAAGGAAACAAAAUCCCUGGAAUUUCUCAGUGCACUAGGAAGAUUGGGUGGGAUUUGGAGUUGGGAAGUUGGGAGCUCUGGGCUGCUUUUCCCUGGGAUAUAACCCAAAAUGACGACCUGGCUUUACUUCAGGAUAGGGAACAGAGACCCACAUGUGGGUCAGCUCCAAAUCCUCAUUUUUGAGCUGUCAGCCUCAAAAUCCUCAUGGUUUGGUUUCUUGGAGCUUGGAGAAAGCCCUGUUGGAUGGUUGGGGUGGUGCUGGGAGUGACCAUUUCCGUGUCUAUCCCCGAGGGGGGAUGAGGAUGAGGAUAAGGAUGAGGAUAAGGAUGAGGAUGCUCCAAAGGAGGGAGCACACUCUAAAGGAGCCUGGUGCCAACCCAGAGCAAAUUUGUGCUGCUCCAGGGGGAGUUUGGACUCCUGGAUUUGAUGAUUUGGAGGAUUUUUCCCUGUUGGGAUCACACAAAGGGGAGUGGCGCAAGUCAAGGUCAUCAAGGUCACCCAAAAUCCCCAUCUUUUGGGAAACCUGGAUUAAAUCUUUAGAGCUUGCUUAAAAAAAAAAAUAAAAAUCCCUCCCAGCUUAAUCUUUUUAAUGCUGCUUUUCAGAGUUGCCUCCUUAAUCUUCUUCAUUCCAUUUUUUCCUCCUAUUUAAUAGUCUGAAGUUCCAUAAUACAGUUUUUUUACUCACUCAAGCUUAACCUCGUCCCUCUCAGCUGGUGUUAGGUUGUAAUCCUGGCACUUAAAUCCAUCACAGCUUCGGGAGUGAGGGAAGCCGGAGGUGGGAGGGUGAGAGGAGCCUGGGCAGGGCUUCUGCAGUAAUUAAAAUCUGAGAUAAACACAAUAAAAAAAGGUGAAGGCAACCAAACUGCUAAUCAGAAGUGAUGAAAUAAUUCAUUAUCUCCUGCUCUCACACUUUUGCUCUCCACGAGGAGAGGGAUGUGAGCUCCAGGAGAGUUUUUUGUUUUGGAGCCAAAUUUUGUGGUUGUGUAGUGAUGUCACAGCCUCUUGUGUCACCUCAGAUCCAUGGGGGCUGUUGGAGUCAAUGUUUGAAGGGAACAAAAAAGUCUUGUUCUGGAGGAUGUGACCCUGUGCCUCCCUCCAAGGAGAUGGGAUGGAGCUGAGUAUAGGCAGGAUUUUUUGGGGAAGUCCAUCUCCCCAAAAAAUCCUGGAUAAAGGCAUUUCUCCCUGAGCAGAGCCACAGGGAUGGAUAAAAACCCAACCUGAGGGUUGGUGCCUGGUGCAGGUGGAGGCAGCUGCUCCCUCCUGCAGGCACUCCUGCUCCGGGGCUUUCCAGGGAUUCCUGAUGGGAACAGGGAUGGGGAAGAGGAGGAGGCUCCACACAGGAGCUUCCAGCUUCCCCCAGAACAGAUUUUUGGGAAAAUUAACUUCAGUGGGAGCAGAAGCAUCUCCAGCAUCUUCCUUUCCCAUCCCCUCUGCCCAAAUUCCCAUCCCUCACCCUGAUCCCAGCUGGAGCAGUGCCCAGAUGUGCUGGUCCUUCCAGCUGUGCUCCUUGAGGGAUUUUUCCAUGGCUUUUCCAUUUCUUUUCCGCUCGUUACUGUGUGUGUGUGAUGUGCUGGAGCUGCAGGGAGAACCUUGGCUGUUCCAGCUGGAUCAUUUUAGGAGUUUCUGGAAUUGCAGGGUGGUGUGGGCUGUUCUGCCAGCUGUGCCAGCCUUGAGGCUCUCCCUGCUGGAAUUGCAGCAGGAAAAGAUGGAGAAAAUCCAGCAGAACAGCCAGGAACUCCUAGGCCACAUCCAAAGGGAAGGGAAGAGCAGAGAGCUCAAACCAGGGCUGGAAUGGGGAGUUUGGUAAGGGCAGGACAUGGAAGGGGCCCAGCAGCAGCAGGGUCUGGCCCUGAGUGGGUUUUGCAGGAUGGGAUUUGUCCCCUUAGCUCUAAAAAUCUCUCUUAUCUGGGAUUUUUCCAUGAAAAGCACGAGAUGUCUGUUGGGAUGGAGCUGCCCCUUAGCUCCAAAACCACUCUGAUUUUGGACCUUUCCAUAACGAGCCAUGCUGGGGGACCCAGCUGCAGGGAAAGGGAUGGGACAGGCAUGGCUUGGGCUGGCUGACUGCCAGGAUGGGCUGGUUUGCCUCAAAUUCCCCCUCUCCCUCCCCCAUUUCCCUGACAAUCCCUGUCUGGGAGUUCCUUUGCUCAUCUCCAGCAUUUUGAGCUACCUGUGCUGUGAAUCCCCAGCUCAGAUCCUUCCACAGGAACAAAUCCACCAGCCAAGAACUGGAAUGGAUUUUUUAAUUCCCUUUUCCUCCCAUAACCACCCUUGUCAUGAUCUUUUCCAUGCUCCAAGGUUUUCUGCCAGGCUCUGAAGUAACUCUGAGAUCUCAAUCCAGACAAGUUUGGUGGGAAUGAGCUCCCUGGGAUCCCAGGAGUGGGGCUGGGCUGGGGCUGUCUGUGUGUGUAUAUAAUGUGUGUAUGUAAUUAAUGUAUAUGUAGAGAUGUAUAGAUGGGCAUGGGGCCAGGGGGCUCUGCUCCUGAGGGGGAAAAGGAGGAGGAAAAAGAGGAAAAUAAGGAUGAAAAAGAGGAAAAGGAGGAGGAAAAAGAGGAAAAGGAGGAAAAGGAGGAGGAUUUGUCCUCUAGCACCACAUGCUGGGCUCUGCAGCCCUUGGCCCUUGUCCCAAGGAAUGUGGGAUUCAGCCUCAUUCCCUGUCCCAAGGGAUGCAGGAGUCCCUGCCCAAGGAAUUCGGGACUCAGCCUUGGCCCUGCUCCCAAGAGAUGUGGGAUUUCCUCUCCCAAGGGAUGUGGGAUUCAGCCUCAACCCUUUUUCUAAAGGAUUUGGGAUUCCCCCUCAUUCCCUGUCCCAAGGGAUUCGGGAUUCAGCCUUGGCCUCAUUUCCAAAGGAUGCAGGAUUCUCUGUCCUAAAGGGUGUGGCAUUCCCAUCAUUCCCUGUCCCAAGGGAUGCAGGAUUCUCUGUCCCAAAUGAUGUGGGAUUCGGCCUCAUUCCUUGUCCCAAGAGAUGUGGGAUUCAGACUUGGCCCCGCUCCCAAGGGAUGCAGGAUUUCCUGUCCCAAGGGAUGUGGGAUUCCACUUCUCCACUUCCUGCUGCUCCUCCCUCCCCUCCCUGUCCUUCACAUCCCAGUCCCGAUCCCGAUCCCAGUCCCAAUCCCAGUCCCAAUCCCGAUCCCAGUCCCGAUCCCGAUCCCAAUCCUGGUCUCGGUGGGUUGGGAUCUCCCAGGUGGGAUCAGGAGCCUUUUACCACUGCAGGGCUGGAGCAGAUCCGGGCUGGGAUCCCGGGGUGGAUCCAAAUCCCCGCAGGCUCCGGAGCCUCCCCAGUCCUUGUGCCAGCAGCUCCCCCUUCUCUUAAAGGAGCCCCAGAGGGUCUGCAGAUCCCAACUUUUAUUUCUGUGUUUAUUUCCCCCAUUCUUUUAAAUUUUGGGUAAAAAUCCCCUGAUUUUUCACACUCCAGCACUUCUCCCAAGACCUCCAGGGCUCCAGGGGUUUUUCCUGCAGGAAUUGCCCCCGUUCAGGGUCCCCCCUGGCCGAAGUCACCCCAGCCCAGCUGACAAUCAAACCAGACUCCCGAAAAACAGGAAUCCAUUGCAGUUUGAUAGAAAAACUUUUUAAAUUCCCCCCCUUCUCUCUCACCACCACAUCUCCAGGAUAAACCAUCACCCACUGCUCCUCCUGUAAAUAAACAUCGAACCUUCUUGUAUAAAUUAAAAAUAAAAUAAUUGUAAAAAAAAGACAAAAAAAAUUCCAUUGAUAAACAUCCCAAAAAUAAAAUUUAAAAAAAUCUCCCUUUCCAGAAGAUUGAAGUAAUUCCAACUUUUUUUUUGGAGCUGAUUUCCAAUCCCCAUAGGAGAACAAAACAAAGAUCUGGAAAACUACAAAUGUUGGAGCUUUCAAUGAAUCCGGGAGGGAAAAAAAAUGCAUGUAAAUAUUUUUAAUAGGAGACAUAUCUUAAACAGAACUUUUUUUUGUAUGUACAUAACUCUCCUAGAGUUUAGUACUGAAAUGGCUUCAUAGUGUCUGUUUCGAAAAGGAAAGGAAAAGAAAAUGUUUGUUAAUUGUUUUUGUUCUUACUCAAUGGCCAAAACUUUAAAAAUAAUGACAAAAAAAAAAAAGACUCUAAAAAUAAUCUUUGCCAAUGGAUCUAGCACUGUAAUGGUACUGUCUAUUUUUUUUAAUUAUUUCUGUGCUGUGCCCAUUUAUAAAAUGAGGAAAAGAUAAAAAAUAAAGUCAUUUAAACAUUG